UGUAGGACACCACGUUGGGGCUAAGAGCAGAGACACGUUGGUGGUAUAUUUUUUACCUUUAUUUUGAUCAGUUACAUGUACAUUUUGAUUUACUGUGUUCGCAUUUGCUUCAUUUCAAAGAGCAGCAGUCGUCGAUGCGUAAAAAGAGGUUGUACUGGUCAACAAGUUAAGUUUACGAGAUAUCUGAUCUGCUCAGGAAACGAGGUUCGUACUUCGCUUUGUUGUCCAUCGUAAUUACUAGCAAGAUAUAAUGUCGAUGUUUGCAUAUUCGGAUUAUCUCGCCGCCGAAUGUCUGGUGUCGAUAUCCAGCGGUCCUGUGCUUCAUCGACCCACCCCGGUUGCUGCGGCUUCUCAGGCCACUCCUCAAGGCCUUCCUCCCGGGGAACCAGACGGGUCGAGCGAGGACAGGGAGGUACGCGAGACCCUUAAAUUAGAGGGGUCCAACAUAACGACAGUGGCCGAAAUCCUCACGGACCUCCACGGGAAGUUUCGUCCCAUGUCGGCCUACUCCGAGAGCAGCAAUUCCUCAUGUGGCGAGAGUGGCUACACCACGUUGUCCGACUCCACCACCCCUACUCCAACUAUGACCCCUUCUGCUACCCCUGUUCCUGCACAGCACAAUACCCCCCAACAGAUUUGGGGAGGAGGGGCACCCAGAUCACCCACAAAGCGUCACCCGUGUACUUUCGACGGUUGUGACAGGGUGUACGGUAAAUCGUCUCACCUGAAAGCGCACAUCAGGACGCACACAGGUGAGAGACCAUUUCCUUGCACAUGGGCCAAUUGUGAGAAGAAAUUCGCCCGUUCUGAUGAGCUCGCGCGCCACCUGCGCACACACACAGGCGAGAAGCGCUUCCUGUGCCCGCUUUGUGACAAGCGUUUCAUGCGCAGUGACCACCUGAUCAAGCACGCCCGCCGCCACCCUGACUUCCACCCCUCCAUGAUCAACCGCAAGAGCUCGGGUCAAGGGUUGGUCCAGGGUCAAGGGUCAUCUGUUGCUGCGGAGUCUCAUUAAGCCAGUGCCAUUGUCUGAUCUGAGCCACUUUGUGGCUCCAUGUUGCCUUCUGGACCUUGAUUGGAUCCCUGUGACCACAUUUUCAGCACAUCUGCUUAACCUCUCAUUGUCUUCAUAGUCCUCACUUACGUGCUGAAGUGGUUUCGGGAGAAGCUUUUCACCUCAUCUUCAUUCGUACCUUCAUCAGCCACUCAGUGGUAAUGUUCAGUUGGUCUUCAAGGAACGAUAACUGUCUUCCUCAGCACAUUCCUCCUCGAGUCCGAUCGGUGUGAUUGUAUCAUCAAGCAUGAUUGACAAGUGAUGGCAAACCAGAUGCGAAACCUCUGCUUUGCAUUCAGAGGAUCUCAGUGUAAAGCAGUUUAGCUUUGUAGCCUGAGUUGAGAAUGGACAAAGUCUAUCCAAUCAAAAGCACAACAUGCUACUCCUUCAAAGCAGUUGCAAGCCAGCAAUCUGGCCUCCCAUACUGCAGCACAAACCUCGCGCUCCCUCUCUCUGUUUUUCCCCAGUUGAUUCAUGUCUGAUUUAGUCACAUCACUUAUUAGCCAUGUUUGAGAUAUCAAAGAUGGAUGUUUUCUUUUUUUAUUUUACGAUUUAUGUGCACAAGUGUCUGUUGUUGAGUGGACACAAUUCUUAUUGUCAUUCCAGUUCUAGGCAGAUAUUAUGCACCCCACCUCGUCUCUUCCUUUUUCACUAUGUCAUGUCUGAAACAAUGAGGUUGAUGUUAGCAGGCGCACUCUGGUGCUCUGUUUUUCUCGUUCAUGCUGUCUUUAACAUCACAGAGAUCAGACCGAAUAUCAAGUGGAAGAUCUAGUUGCGACAUGGUUUGGUAAUACUUGGUCGUAACACAAUCCUUAAAGAUACGCUGAACUUGUGGCGUUUUUCGGAUUGCGAAUUUUGGUUGGUCUGCGUUAAAUAAGCCACUGAGUUUUACAAAGCCCUGUGAUUGAUUUUCUUUGUUCAUGUAAUUAAUCGGCGUUGUUAAUACCUAUGUAUGCUAAACAUUGAUAAUGAAAAUAAUAACAGAAAAUGUAAACUAUUUAAUUUGGAUAGAAACAUUGGGCCUGUAACGUGGGGACGCAUCAUAUUUCCAUGCUGUUUGUGCUAAUUGAGGUCUAAUAUUCUAAUAAGUUAUUAUUUUUUAUUUGCAAUUGCUUUUUUG